UAAUUGAAUCCGAUCCAUGAUGGUGGCUAUUGCGACGAGCGUUGUCGGGGUCAGCUAGCUCUUGACUCAGGGUAGUUGGUUGGGACCGUCACGUUACCCAGCAGAACGUCCAACCUGGCGCUGCCAAAGCAAUGUAUUGACUCCAGUUAGUUCUUCUUCCUUGCAAAUUCAGCUUCCACCCGUGGGUCCAAGCAAUCAAUAAAGCUUCCAUCAGAAAAUUCAGCUUUGACGGUGCUAAUUCGGCAACAGCAUUUUCUGCAUGAUUGUGCUCUGCUUGUAGCCGUAAUGUGAUUCUGAGCUCAAAUUCGACAUCGUUAGUGACUGAAUUGAGCUGCAGGAUCGCAUUGACGCCACCCCCGCCACAAAUUCGAGCAGCCGCCAACUGGGGUUUUCGACCGAUCGGCGCGGGGGAGGAAGCUAGCUUUCAUGGUUUGGGAUUCGUCGCAGGCACGUUGCGGCCCCGAGUAGGUGGUGAUCUGUCGCUUAUGCCAAAAGAGAUGGGAAGGGACGAGUGCGGAAGAAGAUGAGUAGAAGCAGAAGACGCCUCUGCGGCGAUUACUGACGGUUCGUGGUGAGGGGCGGGUUUGGUUACUUACGACAGAGACGACGAGGCUGGAAUUGCGGGGCUUUGGGACCCACUGAGUGCCGCAGAAAGAGCGCCUCAAUUGUCGCCCACCCAGACUUGCACCCACAUUUCCUCCUCCUCUUCCCCUUCUCGAUCAUCACACGUACACUCCAACCAUCAUGCCCAAUUAGCGAUUCCAUUGGAGACCAUGCUGCAGCAAGCACGUCGAGUGGGCUCAUCCCGGCGUAGAUUUUCGAGCUCCAGCUUCAGCGCCAUAGGCUAGUAUGUUUGCGUGUGGUGAGUGGUAGGAGUGGCGAAGUACGAAUAGGGUUCCAAACGGGGACGUUGCUGGUGGUUAUUUUGUUUUUGUGGAAGUGGAGUUUCAGUGUAAGGUGGUGAGAGGACUAGAGGUGGAAGGUCGGGCGCGGUGAGCGCAACGGGCCCGGGUGUGGGAGGGGGGUAGGGGGGAGGAGCUCGCUAGAUUGGGUGGAGAGGGCGACGGGUUUGGAGCGAGGGAUGGAUCUCGAGAGAGAAGACAUGAUGCCAGGGGCAAUUUCAGGUGGUGACAAUGAGUGGAAGAUCAGCAUCGAUGGUGGUAAGAAGGCGGAGGAGGAUAAUUUGGGAGUUUCCACUGUUGAAGGCAUGGACAUCGAUCAGCCAAGUGAAACUAAUAACAGCACAGGAGUGAAAGGCGAGCUCGGUGAAGUGAUCGAGAGGGAGGCUGGAAUUGAAGACUACUGUUCCAAAGCUGACGUCAGCAGUUCUAUAGAUAAUGCGAGCGUCAUCAAGCAGGAUCCGAUGCACGAGAGUUCUCUGGGGCACCCACUCUUGCGUCCCUCCCGCAGCGACGCUCCACGCUCCCGUCUGCGAACGGUGAUCGGAGGAAGGACGCGGUCGGGUUCUCUUAGCUCUCAAAGAUCAUCAGCCAAGUCGGGCCUCCACUCUGCAGCUCCGCCGAAUUCCAAGGUUAAUCAAGACAAGGGAAAUAGGAAGAGAAGUGAGGAUGGGGACGAAUUGCGCCGGUCAUCUAGCUCGGAGGAGCUGAAUGAUGACGAAUAUGGAGAUGGAGACCAGGCCGAUGUCGUUUGUUACAGAUGUGGGAUAUGCAAUGAGGAGUUUGGUAGUGCAAAAAGACUGCAUUCUCACAGGAAGAAUCACCCACAGUACACAUUACGGCGUAAUCCGAAGCGAAGCAGGAAGAUGAUUGACCAGGAGGUCGUGGUUGAUGUAGGGGGAACUACACCGAUGGUGCAAGGUUUGGAAAUCGUGAAGACGAGCUCGGUGACUGAAGACCUUCCAAAACCGUGCACAGAGUGCGGAAAGGAAUUCUCAUCGUGGAAAGCUUUGUUUGGACACAUGAGGUGCCACCCGGAGCGCGAGUGGCGUGGGAUCCAGCCCCCAGCUGAAGAGACCAAUGCCAGGAGGCCGGAUGGCGGUGGGAAUCAUUCCAAUUCAAUUAGGAGGAGGAGGAGGAGGAGGAGGAGAGCGGCCCCCGUCGCCCAACUCCAUCCGCCAGCUGCGCUAGUUCGAGAAGAUGAUGUCGAGAAUUCUGCGUCCGUGGAUUCAAGGAGGGCUGCGCAUGAAGCUAGCAAGGCAUCCGACAAUGAGAGUGACACCGAAAGCAUAGAGGCUGCGUACAUGUCAAACGGCGACCGGGAUAUAGGCUAUGGAACCACAUGGUCGAAGCGGUCCAAAAGGUCCCGUCAGACACACUGCUCCCCGGAUGCACCGAGCAACGUGAAGACGGAGCAAUUCUCCUGCAGCCAGGAUAAUACUGCGUCGGAGUCCAACGACAUGGCCGAGACGCUCAUGAUGCUUCAAGUUCAAGCCAAUCUCCAAGCUGACCACAGUAAGGAGAGAAAUAUGCCCGCGUCGACUCCCGAGUCCCACGUCAGCAAGUCGAGGACGCCCGAGUCGGGAGUGGAAGCUGAGACGGAUGAGGUGGAUUUAAGGGACGUGAAAGAUGAAGCUGCCAGUUUGUGCGGGGACACGGAAGAAGGCGCCGAUGAAUUUGACGCUGGGGUUCACGGCAGUAAUGCAAGAUCGAAGUACGAAUGUGCGACGUGCAAGCGGCAGUUCAAGUCUCACCAAGCGCUGGGAGGCCACCGCGCCAGCCACAAGAAGGUGAAGGGGUGCUUUGCUCGAACCAACCCGGGCGAUGGCAGCGCACACGACCACAGCACGGAGACUUCCACGGACGCGGACGAUGACAUGGAGUUCCAUGCGAAGUCGGAGGUGCAGUUCCCGGAGGAGCUCCGAGAGACCUCCCACACCAGCAUCGAAGAAGAAGACAGACCUCUCAGCUACCUCACUGCAGCCAGAGCUGACAAUGAAGAGAUGCAGAUGACGGCCCACAAGAGCAAAUCCCACGAGUGCUCGAUCUGUCACCGCGUUUUCAAUUCUGGGCAAGCUUUGGGAGGCCACAAGAGGUGUCAUUGGAGUGGCGGAAGCGGCGCUGGCGAGGUUACGAGUGCGAAGCCAGUGCAAAGCCAGGAGGAGUUGGAAGGAGGGCCACAGCGCCGGCCAGUCAAAGAGGCAGUCUUGGACUUGAAUUUGCCUGCUCCAGAGUUCCUUGAGGAGGAGAUGGCUCAACAACAAGACGCAGUAGUGCCUUUAAACUACUUGCCUGCACCCAGCUUGAACUUGUAUCCCAUCUAUGCCUGACUCUGCAGCAGCAACAUCUAAAGCUCAUUGUUACUUCAGCUAACAUGCCAGUUACAAAGUGGAGUUGGUCCUCAUAUUGCAGCCCAACCCCAUCUGCGAGAGCUCCCCUGUAACAAACAUACUUGACAGUCUUGCGGAUUAUUGGGUGUGAUCUGCUCUCAUUACAUAUGUAGCCCCCUACUUUGUACACAUACCUUGAGCUGCCCAGCCGAUGGAUAGCCGCAUAUACAGAUUGUAACAACAGAACUAAUUCGAAGUUAAGCUGGAUCCCGCAUGGGCGGCUACUUCCAUGCUUCCAUGCUUCCAGUUGAAAUAGAGCAACACGAUACACCCGAAAGUAAAUCGUCGCAUCCAGGGCUUCCACACGUUGUAGUGGGCUCUGGCGUAGAAAUCAGCCCUGCAGCAGCUUAUUGCACGGGCUUGGGCUUUCUCAAUCUCUCUGUUUACUCCUGUUCAAACACAAUUUCAAAAAUUCAUAUUUUGCCAUUUCUCGCA